GCUAGCCGAGAAAACUCUUUGAUCGAGGACAAAAUGUUGGGAGGAGGUUUAGAACCGUUCGCAGGUGCUUGCAAAGCGGGCGCUAAGAAGUUUACCAUCGAGGACAUCGUGCACGAGGACUCCAAAAGUCUGGCCCGGGAGUAUGAGUGCGCGGUGUGCCGUUGUUUGUGGGAGGAUCCGGUCCAGUUGAAGUGCGCAAACCACCAUAUUUUUUGCGGACCCUGCGUCUCCGGGUUGUUGGCCUGCCCGCUCUGUCGUCAGGAAUUGCCGGCGACGAACAGGUCUACCCCGCUCAAGGACUGCAACCAGUUCGCGUUGCGACUGCUCAACGGCCUGAAGGUACUUGUUUUUGGUUCUUUUCGACGGAGGUAGGGUCUUCUUGACUUGGUGCAACGUGCAAGCGAGGACGAAGACCUUUUCUUUUCCAAUUGUGAAUUUAUGUAUACAGGACCGGCAAUGCCAAUUGUAUCAAACACCAGCACCACACAACGACAACAAACUUCAAACAGGUUUAUUGUCCGAACCACCCCGCGCCGGCGCGCGCGCCGGGUACGAACAACAACGGCUCGAGCACGAACAGUUCCGGGUCCGAAGAAGUGGCGGUUGUGAUGUGUUCCCCUGCUGCGAAGAAAGCCCGUCUGGACCCCGGUGCAGGUCCCAGUGCGGAAGUAAAACAGGCUACCGGGUGCUGCGCGUACAAAGGGAGAAAAUAUCCAAAACGAACCAUUUCCGCCUCGUCUAGUUUGCACAUUUACCGGCUAAAUGGUACAUUUAGCCGGCUAGCGCAGCUUGCAGCGCUUUGCGAGCUCGCUGAACGAACAAAAGAAAUGGGCCCGGAGUAUGGUUCUUUGGAUCAGCAGCGCGAAGAGUUUUGCUUGGAAUUCCUGGGAAGCCGUGCCCGCUUGUGUUUGAAUCUGCGCCGCGCGAAGCGAAGUUUCCCCUUCCGGGAGGCGCGCUGACUGUUGCGCAGCCUUCCUUUUUCUUUUCCUUCGUCCCUAUGCGUCGUUGGCCGUAAACUCUCGCGCCCUUCCGGUGUAGCUUCGGAGGGACAACAGCUUCCGACGGACUUGCCGGCGCGUUUGGGCCUGUUUUGCCCAUAUACCAGAAAAGGCCGGCGCGCCCUUGGUCCAUCCUCGCUGCCGUCUGCGAGAUACUUACCAGAGGCCGGCGGCUUAGCUUGGAUCGGUGCGCCGGCGGCCCCUUUCGAUAAAUUUGAUUUUCGAAAAAGCACCAGAACCCGCGCGGCACAGUUGCACAGGCCCAAGGCUUGCGGCGGGGCGAGCGCCCGCGCCGGCGCGUGCCCUGCCUCCCUCUCUCUAUGUUGUGUGGCCCCUGUUGCACGGGCCUCGGCGACGGCCCCUUGGCGCUCUGGUUUUCUCUGCCUCCCCCGGCCGCAGGAGUGAAGGCCGCCCCGCCUUCGGGCCCCUUCUUUUUCUCCCUUUCCGACGGGCCGGGCUCUGCUGAAGGUUCUUGGGCAUUUUUUUUUCUUGUGUGCCCGGGCGCUGGCUUUUGAGCAGCAUCCCCGGCUUCUGGCGCGAUUAGGGCAUGCCGGCCCGUAUUCAGGAGCGAGCGAGUCAGCUUCCGCAUGCCUUUUCCCGCCCCCGGGGGAGCGACCCUCCCGCCCUCCUUCGCGGGGACGCACGCUCGCGCAGUGGCCCCAACUCCUCCGGGGUUGCGCCGUAUGGGCCCCAGGCCGGCGGGCGGCCCGCCAAAUUGUUUUUUUUCCCGGGUCGGCCGGGGGCGGCCCCCCAUCCAUCGGUGCACUCAUGGCUUCGCCCCUUUCUUUUUCUUCCGUUUCCGCAUUGUAGUGGCCCCGUCAGUCUGCAUGCCCUGGCGCCCCCCCGGCCGGCGGGUCGCCUGCCUCCCUGCUUUCGCUCUCGGUCGCUAGUGCGGGGGGCGGCAAGGGCGGGCGUGGAAUAGUCUACCCGUGAUCGUCUUCCAGGUUCACGCCCGCGCACCUGGCCACCCUGCGCGGACAAAAAAAUGCCGCGGGCCGCUCGGCCAUCUUAAGGGCCCGCCCGCUUCAAUAAUCCCACGGCGGACCCUCAUUGACGCAGCGCGCCCACUUAUUGCGCCAACCCUUUCGCCACCCCCCCCCCGGGGGGUUUUGGGACUUGGGCCGAGGGCGACGGGCCAGGGAUCUGCCGGCUUUCAGCCGAUAAAUGUGACACGUCUGCCACAUUUAUCGGCUACGUGCCACAUUUAGACGCUAAAUGUGUCAGCUAGCCGGUAAAUGUGGCAGCCGUGUCACAUUUAGCGGCUAAAAGCCGGCCGGCCCCCGGGGGGCUGCCUGGUCGGCGUCAGUGGCCCGCGCUUUGCCCGCCUGCGCCCGGCGCACCCGCCGCCGGUGGCACCGGGCGGGCCGGCCGGCCCGGCUGGUUUUUAUUUUUUGGCGGGAAGGCAGGGCGCGCCUUGCAGCUCUGCGACCUAUCAUGGCCGCAGUUUCACUGCCCGCCGGGCCCCUUCGGUUGCGUAGUAUGUUGGCGGCCGGGCACUGUAGCAGAUCUACAUAGGGCACCCAAACGGCCCGCGGUUUUUUUGCUCGGGCGCCCUCGAGGGCGAGGAUGUGGAUAUGCCGGACGGACUUGGUGCGGGCCUGCCUGCCCUCUCUCAUUGGAAUCAGUGGUCGGCCCGGUGUGCCUUCUUCGAAGGCUGGCCGGCUGGCAGGCCAUACAUUGGUCGGGCCGGGCCUGCUUGCCCCCGUUGCUUUCGAUGGGCCCCCUGCUACCCCGGAGGCGGCCCGCGCGCUGAAUCAGGGCGAGGCCCCUGGGCUCUAGUCAACCACUGGCCCAAUCGGCGCCCACACGAAAGCGGGGGCUGGCCGGUCGCUCGGCGCGCGGGCGCCGGGCCCCCGUGGCCCCUUCAAACUACAGCGGCCGGGCAUGGGUAUUCGCAUUGGGGCGCGUAGUCUGGAUGGAUGUUGGGGCGCAGUGGUUUGCGAUUGUUUUUCGCCUUUCAAAUUGAUGGGGCGGCGCGGCCGUGGGCGGUGGCGACCGAUGGCGGCGCAAAUAGGGGAAAAUCGGGAAAACAUUUUUGCGCGGGAACCCGCGCGAUUGGAGGCGUGGAGGCUUUUUGGGAAAAAUAGAACGUGGAUGAGAGGGCGGAGGGACUUUUUGAAAAAAGUCCCGGCACCACAACCCCUCUGUCGUCCAAAGUUCCCAAAAAUGUUUCAGGAGUCUCCAAAGUCUCCCGCGAGCUUGCCACCCACCCACGCAACCCCGCAGGAACUGAACGGAAAACAUGAAGCGUGGCGGCACACGAAGUGCCGCCACCAAAUCGGCGCGCGCGCAGGCGCCUGUGAUUUUUUUGAAAAUUCGAAAAAGCCUGCGGCGGUUUGCAUUAGUGCGCCCCGGUGUUUGGGAGAUAGGGCGUGCGCUUUCGGAGUUGGUCCCCGUUUAGCCUUCGCUACAUCUGCCGCGCCGCCCGCCCUCUUGUUGCUUGAGUCUGCAGAGAGACUGGUGGCGAUGCGCCUCCGUUUUGCGCUCGGAGUCCCGGCUUGCAGUGCAUCGGAGAAGGCGGAUGGCAGGUUUUCGCAGCCCACUUUGACGCCUUGCGCCCAUCGAUGUCGCGAUGGGAUGUUGCGCGCGCGUGCCGCCAAUCUGGGCACCGUUGGCACCGUCGGGGAACUGUCGCGCGACGGUGCGCCAUCUAAAUGUCACAUUUAGACGGUAAAUGUGACAGUUAGACAGGCUCAAAAUGGUUCGUUUUGGUUUCGUUCUCCGUUCAUAGCUGCGCGUGGAUCGGGUCCUACGGAGACUUGCUGGCAAAGCACUUGGGGGUCUGCGAGUUCCAACUGGUGCCGUGCGCGCACGGGUGCGGCGCGACCCUGGAGCGGCGGAAGCUGGCGGGGCACGCGUCGGAGUGUCCCAAACUCCGGGUGACGUGCUCCAUCUGCGGGGAGACGAUGAAGCCGGAGGAGAUGGAAGAGCACCGGCGGCUGAAGGCGGAGCAGCACGUCCAGAUCCUCGAGAAGAAGCUGCAGGAGUCCAGCAACGUGGUCGGCGGGUUGCAGGAGGUGAAGGAUCGUUUGAAAACGCUCGAGGACCAGGCGCUCACGCAAACGUCAAUCCAAAAUACGCGGUGGACCAACUUGACCACCCGCCUGACCGGCAUCGAAGAUGACCUCGUGUCGAAUCGAGUGGCGGCACGCAAGUCCUCGGUUGACGUCAUCGCGGAGCUCAAGCAGCACAUGAAGAACCACAAUGCGGGGCCGUCGCAAAAGACCUUCCUGUGGACCAUCGACGUCAAGAAAACCUACGACCAAGCGAACCCUCCGGCUCCAGACACAUUUGUCCUAUCCGAACAAAUCAUGCCGACGGAUCACGGGAUGUGGACUCUCACUUUUUUCCCGAGCGGGCAGACUCCCCCGGCGCCGGCAGACGGUGCGGCCGCGGCUCCCGCGCCGACCUACUGUAGUUUGUUUGUAAAUGGAGACUUCACCGACAAAACUGUACGGGCGGACGUGCGACUGAGCCUCUUCCCCGGAAGCCAAGCGAGGGAACAGUUCAACACCGGCCCCGGAAAGCGGUUGGCAUUAAUGGAGAUGUUGCAAGAACUACACGGCGCGAACCCCGCAAAACCCAAUUCCAAACUGCUUGGUCGGGGUUCCGCGAAGUUCUACCCCAUCGCGGAAAUCAAGCGGCACGAGUAUGUGACCUUUCUGGUGGAAAUCAUGAACAUCAAGGACGUUAUCAAGAGCCUGCCGAAGUGACGAGUCGUCGUGCAGCGGCCAGCACCGUCACCGCCACGUAGUACCAUUCUGCGCCUAGAAAUUCCAACAGCAAGGGGACACACAGAUCAGAAGAUGAAAAAUAUUGCUUAACUUCUACGUCAUCACCGCGUGGGAGCGGUUCGGCUUUUUCUUUCUCUAGAACAAAGCUUCUGUUUGAUCGAAUAAAUGGGUUUGGCUGUCCUCCUGUAGCGUUUCGGUUUUCUUUUUAACCGUUUAAGUACGUUUUAUGAUGAUUGGGCCUCGAUAGUUAGAAGCUGAAAUCCACUCCGUAUGAAAGAACGUAGAAUAUUUCGUUGCAUCAAAGGUAACUCGAAGUGUUUGUUACCCGUUAGUUUUAUUUUGAACAUGUUCUUGCUGUCGUCUAUGUAUAAUUCCCUGUAGUUUCAGUUUCAAAAAAGAACGACAAAUGUAUGCAAGUCGCUCUGCCGUUUGUGUUUCACCCUCACCUCCAGUGUAUCGAUCAAUCCUCGAGCAGCAUAAGAGCGUUUAGUUUCAUUUAAGUGUGUAUGAAAAAAAGAAUCAACAUCAAGACCACCAACGUAUUUUGUCAUCAACUCGGUGUGAGGACUGUAUGGCAUUUCAACCAACGAAAUAAACGAAAUUGUUGCUAUGUAUCCUCAGACUGUGGUCUCAGUGUUGUGACGUAACUCGAUGACUUUUCUUCCUGCAUGGUCAACGGCAGCUUUUCUCUGCUUGCGCCGCAUGUGCAUGUACUUCCUGGAGGACAUCAGCUUUUCGGUAUUUCUUCAACUUGUCGUCCAAACUCACCGUCGCAUG